UGAUAUAGUUAGAGAAUUAUUACUGGAUAAAGAUGAAGGGCUGGACUUCCUUAUUUAGAAACUCUUGCAGUUUAUCUUAAUUCUGGUGCAUCUGAUAAGCACUUCCUUUAGAGCCAGGAAGCUUUGCAACUGUGAAAUAAUCUGAAAAGAGGGAGUAAAGAAGGAAGUAACUGACCUCCAUAAAAAGAGGAACAAGUUCUAAACCAAAGUGGGUAACCAAAAGAACAAGAGAGAGCUCAGCAUAUCAAUCUCAAGGUGUUCUGCUAUUCUCUAGGAGUAUAUAGAGGAAAAGACCUGAUCCCUUUUCACUGUUUAACCAGCAGAACCUGGAUGGCAGAUUGUUCAACCUACCCUUUCUUGAUUUUUCUACUCUGCUGCUCUCGUCCACUCAUUUGUGCUUCAUUUUGUGAUUCGUUGAUAAAAAGGACGUGGAAUUGAAUAAAAUCUCCUCUGACACAGUGCAGUUAUACAGAAAUAAUUAUAUAAUCAUCAGAUACAAAAAGAACGAUCUUCUAAAACGAAGUUUACUCAAUCUCUCCUCUAAUUACAUCAGGGCUUUGCCUGAUGAUGUUCUUUCAGAUCUGCAACAGAAAUGCUUAAACAAGCUUCUGAAAUUACUUUUGAGCCAUACCGUAUGAAGAGUUACUGUGGUCUGUAUCUGUGACUUCGUUAAGGGCGGCACCAUACUACCAAACAAUACUGUUUGAGCAGAAAUGCUGAAAAGCUGUGGAAAUCAUUCAGUGGGCAUUUCUAUAGGAAUUUCCCUCCUUUUGCUGUUGGCCAUCUGUGGAAUUGGGUGUGUUUGGCACUGGAAACACUGUAACACAAUGCGAUUUACCUUACCAAAGAUUUUGCAAAGGAGAAAAAGCAAGAGAAAAGACUGUACUGAAACACUGUCCCAGGUUAUCAGCCCAAGGCAUAGAAUAUCGGUUCAAACUCAAGAUCACAGUUUUUCUGGGAAGGACACUAACAUAUGUGACAACUAUGAAAAUCUGGAAGUGGGUCCUCCUGAAAUUAAAGAAAAAGCCGAUAACGAACUAUAUGAGAACACUUGCCAGACCAAUUUUGAGGAGCAUAUCUAUGGAAAUGAGAAACCGUGUGACUAUUAUAACUUCCAGGAUCCUAGUACUUCUGAAGUAUCUCAAGAUGAAGACAUAUAUAUUCUUCCAGAUUCAUGUUAACUUUUCAAAAUGUAUAUUUAAUUAUUUGAGGGUAAAUAUUCACUGGGACUUUUAUUGUCCUGAUAUCAUUAUUAAUCAAGUUCUUCUGAUGAAAAUUAAUGGUCUAUUUUCUAUCUCCACCCUUCUGAAUCCUCUCUGUAUCAUUGUGGAUUAAUUCUAGGGUCUCCUCGCCACCCUCUCUGAGGUGGAUUCAUUCUGCAUUAUGUUACAUUGAUUCUUCCUUCUGAAUGUUACUUGUUAUCUUUUUCUUCUUCUAUCUCCACCAUCCUUUCUGGCUCAGGAUAGUUGUCAGUCAGUUAACUAGCUUUUUCUGGCUCUAGUUUCUAAUGUAGAUGAUGAUGGUGAUGCUGCAUCAGUCCCCACGAUGCUGCCAGAUUUACCUUCUGAAAAUAUUCCCAAUGGCCACAUCACUCCUUUGCAUAAAACCACUUAAUGUCUCCUCUUCGUAAAAGACAUAAUACUCAUAAUAUUAACUCCAGAAUUCAGAUUUUCCACGGCUGGUUCAAGUUACUUUUCCAUUGACUUCUAAUAACCCUUCACUUCUCUGUUUUCAUUAGAAUCAUCUCAAAACCUGCCAACCUCAUCCCUCCUCCACAGCUUUGUUUGUCUGCCCACCCCCCAUCUUAAGCAUGCCUCAGAUCAUAACUUCUUCCCCAGGUCUUUUGAAUCAUUCCAAACAUACAUUUACCUUUUUCUUUUUCUGAUGUCCUAUAGAUUUUGUGCCUGUUCAGUUCUUUGGGCAUUUAAAAAUAUUUCCAGGAGUUCCUGUCGUGGCUCAAUAGUUAAUGAAUCCGACUAGAAACCAUGAGGUUGUGGGUUUGAUCCCCGGCCUCGCUCAGUGGAUUAACCAUCUGGCGUUGCCAUGAGCUGGGUGUAGGUCCAGAUGCGGCUCAGAUCCCGCGUUGCUGUGGCUCUGGCUUGGGCCAGAGGCUACAGCUCCGAUUGGACCUCUAGCCUGGGAACUUCCAUAUGCUGUGGGUAUGGCCCUAGAAAAGACGAAAAAAGACAAAAAAAAAUGUUUUCAAUGACAUUUUAUUAUUUAAAGUCAUAUAAGAAUGUCUUAAAUUCCCUACUAAAUAGUAAGGAACUGCCUCAUAUUCAUAUUUUAGCCCCAGUGCCUCAUCAUAUGAGGCACUCAGUGUUGUUCAAUUGACAAAAAAAAAAAAAAUUGUACAUUUUGCUAAGCAGUUUUCAAAAAAAUCUAAUAAAUGUGUCCAUCCAAGGAAUAUUUACUGAGUACCUUCUAUCUACUUUAUUACCAUGCUGUGCACAUGAGGGGGUAAAAUAGUGGAAAGAAAGACCUGAGACCUAAAUAUGUACUGUUUAGUAGAAAAAGACAAUAACCAAACAUAAAUACUAUAAAUAACAAACAUAAAUACAACACUAUUUAUUUAGCUAUGGUAUAUCUAAACCCAUCCUUGGAAAUGCUGCUCUAAAUUACUUAGGCUAGAAUGCUACAAAAUACAUUUUUCCUUUGCCAGGUGGAUCCAUGUUAGGGGCUGUCAGUAGGAGACAGUGAGGAAGACUGGGCAGCAGUAGGCAACAAAAGGGAUUUGCUCCUUCUUACUCUCCUUGUUGUCCUGAGAAGAUACUCUUGUCAUUUAAUUUACUCCAGUAUCACUGGUUGAUUACAGUUUAUAGUUUCUGCCAGCACUCUCAGAAUCAGCUUCUUUGCACCUUGUCAGACAUGCCAGCACCAACCUGGCAGCACUUUCCCCUUAAUACCUGGGAACAAACUCCUCAGGGACCUGCAGGAAACAAAUAGCACCCUCAAGCUCUGGUUCCCAGCCCUACAGGGCAGUUCCUUCUAGUUUCUGAUGAUCCCCAACCUUAGGUAUGGUGGCUAUUUCCUGCAUUUCCUAUCUCUGUAGUACCUCAGUGACCUCUUUUUGUCUUUUCAAUCUACCAAUACUUUUUUUUUUUUAACCAAUGCUGUAUACUCAAUUAUCCCUCUUACAAAUGGGUAUUGUUUUCUGUUUCCCCAAGUGGACCCCCAGUGAUACAAAUAAAAGCAAAGUAAGUGCUUUGAAGAAAGGAAGAUCUGUUUUGAGAACAAUGGAGUUGGGUAGGGAAGAGGAUUUGAUUUUUAAUAAGAUGGCCAAAGGAGGCCUCUCUGAGGACAUAGUGGAGACCUGAGGUUGAAAGGGGUUAUCUGUGUAAAUGUGGUGAUGGACAGGAGUGGGACCUGUGUAAGUAAAGAAUCUGAGACAUGAAAGAACUUAUGGUGCUCCAGGAACUUAAAGAAAGCUGUGGUGGCUGGAGACUAGUGAGGGAGGGCUGAAGUGACACUAAUGUAUUGGUAAAGAAGGGAACAGUAGACAAUGCAGCUUUUUGCAGGUCUUGGUGUAUGACUGAAACUCUAAUAUGGAUGUGAAUGGUUUUAAGUAGAGGAGUGACAUAAUACAUUUUUUAAAGAGUUGCUGGGUUGAGAAAUGACUGGAAAGGGUCAAGAUGGAAAUGGGUAGGACAGUAAAGAAUACUGUUCAAUAACUUACUACUCAUUGAUGAAAAUUCACAAAGCAUGACGAGGUUUGAAAUGACUCCUGUUCGCCUUCUAGACAAAAAAAGGAUUUAUGUUGAUCUCAGCUUCCAGACUGGUCCUGGAGCAGUUGGUCAUUUUGAGGUCUCAAACAGGAAGCUUUUUUCUAGAAUAAUCAAUAUCCAUGCCUACUUAGGACUCAGUCAUAGAAGCUGAAAAUAACCUGAGAGUACCUUUGUCUUGGUAGGAUCCUGGGAAUCAUGCUGGAAUGAGUAGGGGAGUUAAUCCAACACAGCUGAAGUGGUAUUAUCUAAGGGGAGUGUGAGACUCACCAUCAGGGUGACAAGCCACAGGUGGGUCCUAGAGAAGAGCCACCUCUUUAAAUGUUUGGUCUGAGCAGCAGCUGGGAAAUGGUAAAGCAAGGUUUUCAGUGGCUAAGCAAGGGCUUAUUUGCUGUGGAGAUCAACUGUAGUUAGGGGCGUAUUACUUUACCUUGUUACUGGGGUAAAUUAUCACUAUCUUCAUGUUGAAGUUUAAGUCAGAUUGAAGUGAAAUGUUGCAAGUUGCAGGCUGAAGGCAACGUCAGGAGCCAAGUGCUCCAUGCUGCUGGAUGUUGGCCAUGAAGUCCUACAGAGACUAGCUAUAGGAUGUGAACAUGCCAGACAUUUCUGUGAGUACAAGGCAUUAUAUUUGAUGCUACUCUGUCUUUUUUACCA